AGUGUGAUUUCUUUUGUUUUUUUUCCAGUGAGUCGCCGCUAGCCGCGAUCUCCAUCAGACUACGCUCAGACAGUUUUUUUUCUUUCUUUUUUUAUUUUUUCCUUUUUUUCCCCCUUUUUUUUCAAACGUCUUGAUGAUGGCGGAGGACAGCGAAUCCGCCGCCAGCCAGCAGAGCUUGGAGCUGGACGACCAGGACACCUGCGGGAUAGACGGGGACAACGAGGAGGAGAACGAGAACGUGCAAGGGAGCCCUGGUGGAGAUUUGGGGGCCAAGAGAAAGAAGAAGAAGCAGAAGAGGAAGAAAGAAAAGCCAAGCUCUGGAGGAGCCAAGUCAGACUCUGCCUCUGACUCACAGGAGAUCAAGAAUCCUGGCUUGCCAAUGCAGAAGCUGCAGGACAUCCAAAGAGCUAUGGAGCUGCUUUCCUGUCAGGGCCCAGCUAAGAGCAUUGAUGAGGCAGCCAAGCACAAGUACCAGUUCUGGGACACACAGCCGGUGCCCAAGUUAAAUGAAGUGGUGACAGGCCAUGGCCCGAUCGAGGCCGACAAAGAGAAUGUUAGGCAGGAGCCAUAUUCCUUACCUCAAGGCUUCAUGUGGGACACUCUGGAUCUCAGCAAUGCUGAUGUACUGAAGGAGCUGUACACAUUGUUAAAUGAGAACUACGUGGAGGACGACGACAACAUGUUCCGAUUUGAUUACUCACCAAGCUUCCUCAAAUGGGCUUUACGUCCGCCUGGCUGGUUACCUCAGUGGCACUGCGGAGUGAGAGUCUCUUCAAAUAAGAAGCUUGUUGGCUUCAUCAGUGCCAUCCCGGCAGACAUCUGCAUUUAUGACACGUUGAAGAGGAUGGUGGAAAUUAACUUCCUGUGUGUCCAUAAGAAGUUACGCUCAAAGCGUGUGGCGCCGGUGCUCAUCAGAGAGAUCACGCGGCGGGUCAACCUGGAAGGGAUAUUUCAGGCUGUGUAUACAGCAGGUGUCGUGCUGCCUAAACCAGUGUCCACAUGCAGGUAUUGGCAUCGUUCUCUAAACCCCAGAAAGCUUGUGGAAGUUAAGUUCUCCCACCUGAGCAGAAACAUGACCCUGCAAAGAACCAUGAAACUCUACAGACUACCAGAUAGCAUAAAAACAGCGGGGCUGCGGCCGAUGGAGCGGCGUGACAUCCGCCAGGUGACCAACCUGCUGCAGAAGUACUUGAGACGGUUCCAGCUAGCACCUUCUAUGAGCGAUGAGGAGGUGGCUCACUGGUUCCUACCACAGGAAAACAUCAUAGACACAUAUGUCGUCGAGGGUGUUGGUGGUGUAUUGACCGACUUCGCUAGUUUCUACACUCUGCCCUCCACUGUGAUGCAUCACCCCCUACAUAGGAGCUUGAAGGCCGCAUACUCCUUUUACAAUGUUCACACACAAACGCCGCUACUGGAUUUAAUGAAUGACGCCCUGAUCAUCGCCAAACUGAAAGGCUUUGACGUGUUCAAUGCCUUGGAUCUAAUGGAGAAUAAAGUCUUUCUGGAGAAGCUCAAAUUUGGUAUAGGAGAUGGAAAUCUGCAGUAUUACCUCUACAACUGGAAAUGUCCACCUACGGAUGCUGAUAAGGUUGGUCUGGUCCUUCAGUAGCCCCGUGCCUUUACGGCUGCUACAAUAACACAUGCACGCAAGCAUACAUUAACGCAUCCACACACAUACACAUACAAUGAGGACACAAAGUCUGGCAAUUACACACCUGCACACACAGGUCACCCGAGACAGACUGCUGUGGGAAAACAACCUUGUUACCAGGAAGAUUUUUUUUUCCAAGUGCAUUUUUUUCAUCUCACUUGAAGGUGAAAAAAGUAAAAAAAAAAAACUGUUGAAAUCCUCAACAUUCUGAAUGUGAAUGUCAUGUUAUGCCUGAGACGUACGCUCACAUUUAAAACAAACCAGUGUGGCAUGCAUGGAGAUCACCGGCAUGCCCUCAAUGUCAUAUGUAAGUAAAUGCGAAGACUAAUGAGCAACUGUUUCUCAUUUUUGAAAGUUAUGUUGUCCUUCAAUGCUACUGCAACUCACCAGUAGAGGGCUGUUCAUGCAAUGUACAGUCAACCCCGCUAUUUGCGGGGGUAGGGACCGCGAAUAGUGAACAUUUGCGGAUAAUUGACCCCCAUUAUAACUGCAUUGGGGGGGAAAAAACAUUUUAAAAGAAUUGGGGGGAAAAAAUUAGCAGAUGGGUGAAAUUGCAGGUUCUGAACUGCGAGCAUGCAGGGUUCCACUGUACAUCAUUCCUCUGCCAGGUACUUUGAUUUAUUACUUCUAGGUACAUACACACUUGUACACUGUCAUACAGUUAUUAAACCAACCGGUGCAUUGACAUUUAUUAUUUAUUUAUUUUUAAAAUGAAAAAUCAAGUUACCUGUACAGCGUGAUGUCAUACACUCAGUUAAGAAUAUAUAUAUAAAGAAUGUAUUACAUCACUGAAGCACAUCUUUUCAGUUUAGAAAAAGUCCUCAAAGUGGCCCAUGUUUGAAAACCUGCUUCGGUACUUCUAAGUGUGAAAGUGAGCUGCUACAAUGUUACAAUGCUCUGGUAUUAAACUAGCCAUUAAAGGUGUGGAUGGGGAACCUGUGGCCCUCCGACCCGCCUUCAAUUCUAAAAUAAAAAAAUAUUUAUAAUAAAUAAACCUCAGUGGAACUGUUACAAAUGACCAUAAUAUUUGCUACUAACAAAAAAUAAUAAUAAUUCAGGAACCUAAAAUACACCAUAACCUUCUCUAAACUUUUAAAUAUAUAUGUCAAACUGAUCAAUAUUGCAGAACUCUUUGCAAAACUUACUGUUCUCUAAACAAGGUGCCUAAUGUCAAAAUUCAUAACAGGUGUUUGAUCCAUGAAUUGACCAACCAGCUUUAUUGUUUUUAGCAUAUAAUCAUUAACUUGAGAAUUUUAUGGCUGCAACACGUUCCCAUAAAGCUGGGACUGGGUCAUGUUUACCAUUGUGUUACAUCACCUUUUCUUUUAACAAUAUUCAAUAAACGUUUUGGAACUGAGGACACUAAUUGUUGAAGCUUUGUAGGUGGAAUUCUUUCCCAUUCUUGCUUGCAAUGGGAGACAGGUCUGGACUGCAGGCAGGCCAGUCUAGUACCCGCACUCUUUGACUACAAAGCCACGCUAUUGUAACACGUGCAGAAUGUGGUUUGGCAUCGUCUUGCUGAAAUAAGCAGGGGCAUCCAUGAAAAGGACGUUUCUUGGAUGGCAGCAUGUUUCUUCAAAACCUGUAUGUACCUUCACAGAUGUGUAAUUUACCCAUGCCAUUGGCACUAACACAGCCCCAUACCAUCACAGAUGCUGGCUUUUGAAAUUUGCGUCCAGAACAUUCCGGAUGGUUCUUUGGCUCUUUUCCCCAGAGGACACGACGUGCACAAUUUCCAAAAACAAUUUGAAAUGCGGACUCGUCGGACCACAGAACACUUUUCCACUUUGCAUCAGUCCAUCUUAGAUGAGCUCGGGCCCAGAGAAGCUGGCGGCGUUUCUAGGUGUUGUUGAUAAAUGGCUUUUGCUUUGCAUAGUAGAGUUUCAAGUUGGACUUACGGAUAUAGCGCCGAACUGUAUUUACUGACAUUGGUUUUCUGAAGUGUUCCUGAGCCCAUGUGGCGAUAUCCUUUACACAUUGAUGUCGGUUUUUGAUGCAGUGCCGCCUGAGGGAUCGAAGGUCACGGGCAUUCAAUGUUGGUUUUCGGUCAUGCAGUGAUUUCUACAGAUUCUCUGAAGCUUUUGAUGAUAUUAUGGACCGUAGAUGAUGAAAUCCCUAAAUUCCUUGCAAUUGUAUGUUGAGGAACAUUGUCCUUAAACUGUACUAUUUUCUCACGCACUUGUUCAUAAAGAGGUGAACCUCGCCCCAUCUUUGCUUGUGAAUGACUGAGCAAUUCAGUGUAGCUCCUUUUAUACCCAAUCAUGACACCCACCUGUUCACACCUGUGGGAUGUUCCAAACAGGUGUUUGAUGAGCAUUCCUCAACUUUCUCAGUCUUUUUUGCCACCUGUCCCAGCUUUUUUGCAACGUGUUGCAUCCAUAAAAUUCUAAGUUAAUGAUUAUUUGCUAAAAACAAUAACGUUUAUCAGUUUGAACAUUAAAUGUCUUGUCUUUUUAGUGUAUUCAAUUAAAUAUAGGUUGAACAUGAUUUGCAAAUCAUCAUAUUCAGUUUUUAUUUAUGUUUAACACAACGUCCCAACUUCAUUGGAAUUGGUGUUGUACUUGUGAAUUUUGACAUUCAGCUCUUUGUAAGAGAACAGCGAAUUUUGCAAAAAAAGUACUGAAACGUUGGACAGUUUAAAUGUGCAGAAGAUCAAAUUAAGCUCACCUGUAAAGGUUAUCGUGCAUUUUACAUUCAUCCUAAAAUUUCACCGAAAAGCCCAAUACCCCAAACUUUUUGUGAAUAGUGUUUAUUUCUAAUUUCAUACAUUUAAUAUAGCCCUCAGAGGACUUUAUUAAAAACUCCACCUGGUUUAAACCAUCAAUUUUACACAUGCAUCUUUUUCAACCACAAUCACGUCGGCAAUUAAAGCACCACAAGUUAAAAACAACGAGGUCGGAACAGACAAUAAGCGUAAAGAGAAGACCAGUCAACAACAAAAUGGCAAAUUCUCUGUCUUCCUGUUAUGGUUGGGACAAUAUUGAGUCUUGUGGCGAAAUGAGCAUUUAGUUGUUCAAUCAGAGAAUAAGCUGCUUUAAAGCAUUUCAUUUUUGGGGCAUUUCAUAUGUAUAAAUAUGCUGUCAAUCACCUUCCCUGUUCAAUGAUUCCUUCCAGAGAGAAUUAUUGGAAUUUUCGAGGGAAAAGGGGCUAUGUUUGAUAUUUGGGCUUUUUCCUUGUGUUUGAUGUCUUCAUCCCUGUCCAUUUUAUUUUGCUUUCUACUCAUACUGUGUUGAAACAAAUCUACUGUAUUUUUUCGGAGUCUUGUCGUGCAGCUAAAUGCAUGGGAAAAGUUCUGAUAUUAAUGAUUGGUCUCACAGUUUUCCUAAAUCCAAACGGGGUAACCAGAGAACUGUGAUAUGAUUGAGUUCAUCUUGCUGUUUUAUUUUAAAGUGAGCCUCCUCUGUUGUUCGGUUCUCACAUUUAAGAUGUCUUCUUUUUGUGUGCUUUUCCUCUCUUCCCUUUACAACACAUGAAGAAAGCACAGUCUGCUUGAAUUAGAGCUCUUUUUAUAUAUAUAAAUAUAUAUAUAAUUGAAACCUUGAGUGAGUUGCAUUCACCAAGCUGGCUGAACUUUUUAUGUACCACACAGACUGAUGCUGGUUGUAUCCAAUACUUGUGAAUGUUGCUGCAAUGAUUCUAGUAUCAAUGUUACGAGCCAGCCACACCCUUUAGUGACAACUCCGGCCCUGAGAACCUGCCUUAUUUGGAAAAUGUAGUUGUUUUUUUCCUAGGAGUUUGAUGUUAUGGGGUAAAGUAACACAUACAGCUUUAUCAAACUGAAGAACAAUAUUUUUAUUCAAAUCCAUUGUAAGCUGUGAAAAAGGCUGACAGAACUUGUACCAGCAUCAUUUUAGACCAUAUGACACAAAAUGCUAUUAACAAGCUGUUUGAACAAACGCUGCCCACACCAGCAUGGAUAUUUGAAUAAAUUCACAUGACAAAAUCAA